AUGGCGGCCAUGGCCUUCUUCUGCUUCGACGUAAGCCCGUCCCAGAGAGCAUUGGCCGCCGUGGGAUCCAUCGCGGGGAGUGGUGUGGAGAGGGAUGACUGUGACUAUGGCCGGGGCGCCGGUUUCUGCAAGGCCGUGGUGGCAGUGUUCGGCCCUGAGUACCUGAGAGAGCCAACUAUCGCUGAUACAGAGAGGUUGUUGGCGGGGCAGUACAAGGGGCAUGUGAAAGGUGAUACUGUCAUACUCGAAGCGGUGGCUUCACAAGAUCUGUGGAUAUGGCAUUCUUUCUUCGGCAUGGUUGGUUCUCACAAUGAUACCAGUGUUCUUCAAUGUUCUCCAGUGUUUGCAAGGCUUACAGAAGGCCACUGUCUGGAGGUCAGCUUUGACCUCAAUGGCCACCAGUACAACAAGGGAUAUUACCUUGCUGAUGGUAUCUAUCCACGGUGGUCCACUCUUAUGAAGACCAUACCCAAUCCACAAGGAGAGAAGAGAUAG